AUGACAUUCCUCAAUGAUCAUAAGUUUUUCUUCUUUGCAUUCGGAUGUGCUGCUUUCGUAGUCACCAUGUACCACUGUCUCCUUUCUAUUUUCUGCCAUCCCCGACAACAUGACUUCAAUGAUCAACCGCAACAAGCUACAGGCCUAGGCGAGGUGGACAUUCGUAGCAUCCCUACUCAUAAAUACACAACAAGUAACAAGAGUCCCAAAGAAGAGUGCGCCGUGUGCUUGAGUGAGUUUGAAGACGGUGAAGAUCUGCGAACUCUGCCAAAAUGCUUGCACACAUUUCAUGUAGUUUGUGUAGACUUGUGGCUCUAUUCACAUACAAAUUGCCCAACAUGCCGGACUGAUGCUGCCCCAGAAAUGCAUCAACUUCAACAAACUGGAACAAUUAAUUCCAGUUCAAGUGGAGGAGUUGCAAUUAAUCUGGUUUCUUCUAGGCUGUCACAAGAUUUGGAGGCACAACAUGCUGCUGUAUGA